AUGGAAUUUUUUUUUACUUUUUUAACUAUAUUUUUAUUUUCUUACUUUUAUACUCUGUAUUCUUUCUCUCUCUCUCUCUCUCUCUGUGUCUCUCUCUCUGUGUCUCUCUCUCAUAUGUUUCUUCUCUCUUUCUCUUUUCUCUCUCUUUUUCCCCUUUUCUCUCUCUCUCUUUCCCCUUUUCUCUUUUCUCUCUCUCUCUCUCUCUCUCUCUUUCCCCUUUUCUCUUUUCUCUCUCUCUCUUUCCCUCUCUCUCUUUCCCCCUUUUCUCUCUUCUCUCCCCUCUCUCUCUCUUUCCCCUUUUCUCUCUCUCUCUUUCCCCUUUUCUCUCUUCCCCUUUUCUCUCUUCCUCUCUUUCCUCUUUUCCUCUUUUCUCUCUCUUUCCCCUUUUCUCUCUCUUUCCCCUUUUCUCUCUCUUUCCUUUUUCCUCUCUUUCCCUUUUUUCUCUCUCUUUCUCCUUUUAUUUUUCUCUCUCUCUCUCUCUCCCUUUUCUCCACUACUAAAUUUCUCUCUCUCUCUCUCUCUCUCUCUCUGUAUUUCUCUCUCUCUCUCUCUCUCCGGUUCCAUUUUGUCAAAAAUGAAAUUCUUCAACUAAAUACAAGUUUCUUCUUCUUUGUAUUCGUUAGAUUUCUUCCUUCUUGA